UUCUGCGGUUUUUUCUUUAUCAUCGCAUUUCGUCCAACUCACAACAGUGGCAGGGAAAUUGUGCGCGUUUCUACCCGGUUGGAUUUUACUGUGAAAAGUUAUUGUUUGUUGCUAUCUGUUAUCAUUUCGGAACAAGUAAGUGGCCAGUGUGUGAUGUUCUUCCGAAUGAGUUGGAAAAUGUGAUGAAAUUUUUUUUCUGGUUGACACUUUGAACUUUAAACCUAACCCCUGAAAGAGUUGUAGUGUCAAGCUAGAUUUGUGUCUGCCAGUGGAGGGUUCGAAAUAUACCGGAUGAUUCUUAUUGGAUUAUAUUACUAUUUUUUGGCUUCGCGUGGUGUGAAACAAAACACAAAACAACAUCAGCUGGCCGCGAUAGUUGGACGACGGUAGCGUGCAAGAGAAAGCGAUAAUCCGUGUGUCAAAAGGAACAACAGCCGCGCACGAGAGUGUGUGGGUGCGAAAAGUGACAGUUCACUGUGUGACUUUACACAACUGGCUUCCCGUUCGUUUUCGUUCCGUUUUUUUUUUCUCUUGUGCUUCUCACGUUAGUCGUCUGGCUGCUGCUUUGAACUUUGGAUGUUCAUCACACAAUUACUACUGCUGCGGGCGGAUAGUGCAAACCGUGCGCACACACCAGAGGAAAAAAGGUGGUUCAAAUAUUUAGCUAUUUAAUUGCCUUGUCUGAUGACUGAUGACGAAUGCGCGAGUGAGACUACAGUGAAUGACGACGGGCGCUGGCAAUUGUGUGCAGUGAAAUUGUUUGUUAUACCUCCGAAGUGCACCAUCAUCCACACACGGAUUCACACGGUCGCUAGGAAGCAACGUGUGACAGAGAGCGGGGUACGUGAACGUGAAAAGUCGUUCAUUUCGGUCGUAAGAUUUUGCGGUCAAAAGCCUGGAAUAUUGCGACGUGUUGAACCGUGGCUCCACUUCGAUAGAUCAUUAGUUCGAGACGUCGGGGUCUUCAAUCGAUUGCAGUGUACGGGCACGGGUGAACUGACGUGUUCGAUCGGUUGUGGCGUGUGAGGCGGCGAGAAAAGAAACGAACCAGAAAAAAAACCCUUUCGAGUUCGUCGUCGUCGUUGUCGCACAUUUGCUGGAAAAGAGCACACUUCCCUGCGAACCCUGCAACCUGGCAGCUGUCCGCGGAGUUACGUAUCAAGUUUUGGAUGGAAAAUCUUAUUUUUAAGUGUCACUUCCUGUGCUGGUUGGUAUUUUUUAUUGUGUCAUUUUCGCGUGAAUAGAUUACCUGUGUGUGUGCGCGCCGCCGCGGGUGCAAGUGAGUGGAAAAAUUAAGAUCAUUUACUGUGAAGGAAAAAUAAGAAAAUAAAAAUUUCAGUGUGACCACAAAGGUAUGUGAAAAGAUCUCUUCUUUUCAUUUUUUUGGAGGCGGAAUUAAUUUGACGAAAAAAAAGGUGUGCGACAGCAAGCGCUCUGAAAGUGGUUGGCUUCCGAGCUGCGCGACACAGGGUGAAGGUCGUUCAAAGGCGUCUAGUAGAGUGCCUAGAAGGGGAGAGAAGCUGAGUUGAGCCUACAGCAGCUCUGGAAACGACGAUCGACAGAUUAACAAUAAUAUCGAAAACGGCAAACAACAACGACAGCAGCAACGGUAACGAGUGACCGAGAGCGAGAGGAAAUCCGGAAGUGUGCUGUACAACAUACACAGGUUGUGUGAUACUUGUUCAAGAUCAAUGCCAAAAGAAAAGCAAUAACAACAUCAACAACAACACCAACAAUAACAGUAUCAACAGCGGGAGCCGACAUUGACCAAAACAAGCAUUCGAAUCGCGCAAUAAUGAGGCAUAUCCGAUGAUAGUGCAACCGCCUUCCUUUGUUGCUUUCCAGUUUUUCGCCAUCCGGUUCUUCCAGCUGUUGUCGGGAAGCCUAAAUUUUUAUUGUACGGUAAAGCGGGACAAACGAGGAGCGGACAUGUUGUUGAAGUUACCUGCUUCUAGGAGCUGCCGCUGCUGGCUGCACGUAACUUUGGUGCUAGCGCUGCUCACCUCAUCAUCGAUCGUGCUUGUGUCGUGCUCCGAACGUGAGACGACGUCGUCGCAAAGCGAUGACAUACAGCAGCAACAGCAGUCUAACUCAAGGCAAGUACAGGUACAGCAACAUCAGCAUCAGCUGCAAAAAGUCCCCGUCGUUCAUCAGCACGAUCGAGGUGGUGGUAGUGGUGCUGGCAGUGAACCACCUCGAACCGAUCAAGCGCACCACGGUUCUCAGCAACACCAACAACAACACCCAGCAUCAAAAGCCGCUUCCGGUCAGCAGUCUUCCAGCAGUCGAAUGCUAGAAACGCGCAACUCGUACGCCGUUCUAAGCCAGGCGAUGUCACAAGCGGUCCACCACGAAUUCGGCACCUACGGCAGCGGAUCGGCGGACGGGGCCUGCGCGGCCGACGAUAUAGACUGCAUCGCCCAUCACGACCAUCUGGGAAUGGAGGCGAUCCGGUCGCUACACCGGCAGCUGGAUGACGAUGACAACGGUGACAUCGAUCUGAGCGAGUCGGAUGAUUUCCUGCGGGAGGAGCUCAAGUACGACUCAGGUUACGAGAAGCGGCACAAGGCGUUCCACUUCAACGACGACAUGCACAUUUCGGUGAAGGAACUGUGGGAGGCGUGGCUCCGCUCGGAGGUGCACAAUUGGACGGUCGAUCAGACGACGGAGUGGCUGGCGCAGAGCGUUCAGCUGCCCCAAUACGUGCACUUGUUCCGGUUGCAUAAAGUAACCGGAAAGGUACUGCCCCGGUUGGCCGUUAACAAUAUGCACUAUGUGAGCAACGUGCUCGGGAUCAAGGAUCCGAUCCACAAGCAGAAGAUUGCGCUGAAAGCGAUGGACGCGGUGCUGUUUGGACCACCGAGAGAAACUGGCACCCGAUGGAAGGAUUUGUUGCUGGUGACCCUUCUGCUGACUGCCAUCAUUGGCAGCUGGUAUGCCUAUCAGCAGAAUAAGAACGCCAAAAUACACCUCAAGAGGAUGGCGAAGGACGUCGAGGGACUGCUGAAGGCAGAAGUGGCUCUCAAGGAUAUGCAGAAGGAAUUAGAGCGUGCCCGGCUGGAGCAGGAGAACGUGGGCAAGGAGAAGCAGGAUCUCGAGCGACGCCUUCGCGAGGCACCGUCUCUGACGUCUUCCAACUCGGACCUGGAGCUGCAGCAGCUGAAGCAGGAAAUCGAAAUGCUGCGCUCGGAACUAUCACGAGCGGAAGUCGAAAUAAACGACCACUGCUGGACGCCUCCGCAGGGCCUUCAAAGCUGGCUACAGCUAACGUUCGAGCUGGAGAACAAACAUCACAUCCGGAAGCGGGGCAUGGCGGAGAAGCAGCUGAUGUCGGCCAGGGAAGCCUGCGAGAAGCUGAAGAAAAAGCGAUCCAGUCUGGUGGGGGCGUUCGUAUCUACGCACGGUAAAAGCAUCGACGACGUCGAUCGCAGUAUCGUGGAAGCCCGCAACGCACUGAACGAUGUGACCAACGAUCUGCAGGAACGCAUGUAUCGGUGGAAACAGAUCGAACAGUUGCUGGGGUUUAAUAUAGUCAAUAACAAUGGGCUGGCCUAUCUGGAGAAUCAGCUCUACAGCAGGAAUGGCGUUGGCAGUAAGAGCUAUCGAUCGCGCCUAUCAAGCAGCCAGGAUGACCUCGAUGACGACUCCGUGCAAGGUAAGCUACUCAGCUUUGACAACUUUUCUGUCUUUUCAUCGGAGUAGUAACUCUAGCUUAUUACUUUCUAUGAACCGUGUUUUCGGUUUCUUUCGGGUUUUUCUCUCUGUUUGUUGUAUAUUUACUGGUGCGUUUAUUUGCAAUAAUGCAAAUAAACAAAUAAAUUGAAACACACACAAAAACCAUCGAUACGAUGAACGAGUCUUCCCCAGCGAAAGAGAGCACAUCGAUGCCACCUUCUCCCGUUGCGGCCACUCGCCUCGGGGGGUAGGAAUUUGGCAUCCCAACACGUAGGCUGCACCCCCCAGUGUUAGGCUAGUUGUAUAAUAGAUCUGCACACGAAUAGCAUCACAUUUGUGCGAUAGAAAUGGAAGACCCCUAGAAUAAGACGGUAAAUUGUAUCAUAGAGUAUGUCGAUAGAUAAUCCCCCAGAAGAGCAGGGAUAAAGUCUGCUGAUUUUUUCUUGUAGUCUGAUCAAAUUAUUGCUUUAUUACCUCUCAUGCAUUCUCUCACUCAUGUUUUUUUUUUCCUUGAAAUAUGUAUGCUUCAUUAUAAAGAAUAAUGCUUAAUUCUAGAUUGACAAAUGAAAACGAUACAUAACAGCCAAGUAUAGAACAUCCUGUGCAAUCUUACUUAUACGGUAAUUUUCAUCCAUGAAACCUCCUUCAUCCUUCCUAGAAUCCUUUCAACAAAUGAUUAGUUGAACAAGCGAAACAAACCUGUAAGAAGCAAGCAAAAGGCAGCAUCAUUAACCGAGACUAACGCCGAAUAGAAUAAAAAUAAAAUAAAGUAUCUUGAGGUUCGGCCAACAAGUAGCUGCGCUUUAAAGAAAAAAAAAAUCCUCUCAUUGUACCCAUUCGACAGUCGGAAACGACUGGCGCGUACUAAAAUGUUACGCAUAAAAACAAGCUUCAUGAGUAAAAAGAAAAAAGCUUACCUCCUCCGCUCAGCAUCCAACAACUUAACUGAUAAGCGACAGAAAAAAGUUGAGCUUAAACUGUUUACUACUUAAGAUCUUAAGGCUCCCUUAGAGUGUAAGGUAAAACUGUUCUAUUUACUAUUGUCUUAACGAUUAUGUUUACUGUAUUUUAAUUUUUAGUUUUGUGUUUUUUAGUUAUUUAUUUUUUCUCCGAUUAAAGCUACAUUUUCUCUUACAUUGAAAACCUGCUUGUUUGUUUUCAUCAUGUUGUCUGCCACACUCACACAGCAACUAGUGCCUCCCACAGAAUAAGUUGGUCGAACUCCGUGUUUCGCUUGGCAUUUUUUUUUUCAUUUCAUUUUCGAACGGAAAACCCCCGAUUUGUGAUUGAAAAUUGUUUGAUUGGUAACUCUAAAACAUAACACCACACCACGAAAGAUGGUUCAUUUUUGCUAAUCUCUUGUUUGUUCAAAACAAAAACGUGUCCCUCAUUGGUUAACUCUGCUGGACAACUCGAAUCCGCGUCCCUUUCGUCUUUCUUCGUUGUUUUGUGAUAAUAAAACAAUUCAAACAAAA